AUGGCUUUGUCAAUAAGACUUUUAUGUAGAAAUCAACGUUAUCUGCAUAACAUAACCAAACCGGUACAAUGGAGUGUAAAAACGCAAUUUUCCUUAAGAACCUUAUCUAGUGGAAUUUGUUAUCAAAAUAGUAUUCUCCAGCAGCCUUUAUUUGAAAAAGACUUAAAGCUAUUAUGGACACCGCUGAGGCCUUGCUCCACACAAAGCAAUGAUGGGACAAAACCAUCUCAACCUGAUCAGGACAAGAAAUCUGGUCUAAUACAGCGAUUUAAGCAAAUGUAUAGAGAUUAUUGGUAUGUUCUAGUACCAGUUCAUAUGGCUACAUCAGCUGUUUGGUUUGGUGGAUUCUACUAUGCAGUCAGAAGUGGUGUUGAUGUAGUCAGCCUAUUAGAAUCACUUGGCGUAAGUGAAAAACUAAUGGAGCCACUGAAACAAUCAGGAGCUGGAUAUUUUGCCUUCACAUUUGCACUUUAUAAAGCAGCUACACCUCUAAGAUAUGCUGCAACUUUGGGUGGAACAACAUAUGCAAUUAAGAAAUUAACAACUAUUGGAUGGAUUAAACCAGUACCUUCUCGUGAAAGAAUUAAAGAGAUGCUACAGGAAAAAAAAGAUAAUAUUCAAGACAAAUUCAAUGAGAGCAAGCAACAUUAUCAAAUACAAAUUAAGGAAAAACAAACUCAUGUUAUUGAUGAAAUGCGAAGAUAUAAAACAGAAAUGCGUAAUAUGAAAAACAAGAUUAAGAAAAUGUAA